GCUCCUCUUCGGUGGGGUGAAAGCAGAGCCCCAAACCCCUUCAAAGAGCUGCAGCGGUGGUCGCUAAGUCUAGAUGAUCCGGGGGGACUUAAGCUCCAGUGAACAGGAGGACAGGCAGGCAAGAGACAACGACUUUUGUAAUUGAAUUCAGAAGAAACAUUUGGCUUCCCAGAUCCUGUUACCGUGGCUGGACUUUGCGAGGAUGUGAAAAGGGAUUGCGUGGUUUUCUUAAUUACAAGGGGUUCAUAACUGGUUAAAGGCAUGUUGUACAUUACGUCCCUGGCAAGGUAUUUAUUUGGAGGGAGGGUAGGUACUUUUUGAUAACUUUGGCUACGUUCUUUAUAUGAUUAGCUUUUCUCUAAGUGGAUGUCCACUAGUUGAAAGUAUUAAUUUAUUUGCUUCAACAUAUCACAGGUUCAGCAUAAAAAUGGAAUGCUGUGAGCUGCCUGUAACUGCCCAUGGAGUAUAACCACCAAUGGAGUAUUUAAUAAGGAUUUUUCUGUCCACUCAUUAACUGCAAACAAUAUCGCAAAGUCAGCCACUGGUUAAACACAAAGUGUCCGAACAUUCGGGACCAUGAGCAACAAUCCAAAGAAUAUUCCGGAAACAGGUACCCACCCGAGUACUGUCAUACCUUCAAAACGGGCCAGAGUUACCAAGGACCCGGUCGCCCAGGACCUGGACGCGGGGAAUCCCGUUCCCACCCCACCCGUGUUCCUGCGAAAGCUUCGUAAAGCUGCGGUGGGCACGGGUUGUGAUAUCCGUUUGAGGGUGUCUGUGGCGGGGCACCCUGCCCCUUCUCUCCGGUGGUACCAUAACGAGGAACCCCUGGCCCAGUCCAAGGAGCACGACGCCGGGGGUCUGUGGAUCAGGGACUGCAAGCCCAGCGAUGCGGGCCUCUAUACCUGCAUGGCAAGCAACAGCCUGGGGGACGCCCGGAGCUGCGCCCUGCUCGCCGUCAUGGACCUGGGGGAUGAGAACGGGACACUCUACCAAGACGUUUGGAAGAUUCACCCAUGCGAAGUUUUCCGCUCCUGCCGAAAGCAAAGCUACGACUCUGAAACAACCGAGGAUGAAGCCACAGAGCCCCAGGUACCUAUGGAAACAAAGGAAGGACCCGGGCGACACCAGGACAAGGCUGGCUGUAGAGUGCCUGCAGGUGAAGGUAGGAUGAUAGACUCCAGCCCUGACCGGAGGGCCACUCUUCCUGUGGUGGAGAGGGAGCUUAUGGCUUUGGGCUCGCGGCCUCCAGGGGCUCAAGACCCAAUGCACCCCAGCAGGGUGCCGUCUUCUUCUCUCCCUCAAACCCAAAUGGGCCCAUCCUCCAGCCUUGAUUUACCCCAGCCCAUUCAGACUAUAUCCCAACCAACCACAUCCCUCAGCUCAUAUAAGAACUGUGUCACUUCACACAGUACCCAGGACCCAGCCCUAGGAGGCGCUGUGAUAAAACACAAAAUCCCAGGGACAUCUUCAGGAGGCGCCUCUCAUAAUUCAGGCAGUGACAGCGGUGGUGGCAGGACAAAUCAGCCGGCCCGCACAGCUCCAAAGAUCUUCGACAAGGUCAAGGAGUUUGAACAAAAGGUGAGCGAGGUGAGUGCGGGGGUCAAGUCUGGGCGCUCCUUGGGCCGGACAGCUUCUUGUGAUCGGGAGAGUCUCUUCAAAGAGGAGGGGGAAAGCCAGCCAGAUGCUGCGGCCUCAAGGCGUUCUGCAUUCGGAAAGAAGAGGGCCUCGUCUCUGGAGGACACACCAGUCUACAAGCAGAGGGUCCAGAACUUCCAGAACAAGUUCACAGAGGAGCUGGCCAGGAUCAAGAAGAUGGUGGGCAGGCCCAACCUGAAGAAGGCCUACUCCACUGAGCAAUUGCCCCAGUCAGAGAGCCGGACCGUAGGCAAACUGGAGCCCAUUCCCCCUCAGGUGAUUAAGAAACUGGAGGAAAGAGAGAGAGUCCUGGGAGAGGGAGCUGAAGGGGGGAGGAGGGUUGCAUUUCCAAAAUCCUUUCGGUCCCAAGAGCUGGGUCUGCUGGAUGAAAGGACGGCUCCCCGACGGGAGGAGUGUGAGUCAGCGUCAGAGUCUAGGAGGGCAUCUGCAGAUAGAGUGGGGGAAGUCUCUGUUUCCAUGGAGACAGCACCGGUUAACCUGUUACCAGGACGACGAUCACCCUCACCAAGAGUCACACGGAAAAGCCUGACCAGGGAAGUCCUUCAGAACUCUCCCGCCAUGACGAGGCUUUCGCACCCAGACGAAGAACAACCCCCUCUGACCCAUACGAAGGGAGACUCGACAACCCACAUCAAGCGUUCUUCGCCUCAUAAAGAACUGGAGCAACCUCUACAUCACCGAAGGCCUCCGAGCCCCAGGUCUCCAAGCCCCACCGCACAGAGAGGACCAUCGCCAACCCUGGUCAGAGAGGCAUCUUCCCCACUGUCCAACUUCCCUCCCAAGCCCCAGCGGUUUUCCCCAACACCAUCUCCCACAUCCACCCUGUCUAUCAGCCCUCUGACAAAGAGACGGAAGGCUGAGCUGAAGAUGACCAUCCCUACCAUCCUGGUUGAGGAUGAACCUAUGGAAAUGGAGGAGGAGGAGGCUGGAGGAAGGAGAGAGAGAGGAACGACGAGCAGAGCAGGGAAGGAGGGCUGGACCUCAAAGACUCACAAGGCGGGAAAACAUUUGGGGAAGUCAAGGAAAAGUCGGCCUAUGUCUCCUCAGCCAGACGAAUCAGAUGACUCAUCAGCCGAUGAGGGGCCAACCGAGAAACCAGAGUUUGAGAGACCCCUGAGAGACACUACUGCCACUGCUGGCUCAGAAGUCCUGCUGAAAUGUGUUAUAACUGGCAGCCCACUCCCGACAGUGACUUGGAAGAAGGGUGACGUCCUGAUAAGGAGCAGCCCGUCCCAUGUGGUCAAGGCUGAGGGGGAGCUGCACUCGCUGUUGAUAACACGGAUGGGUUUUGGAGACGCCGGGACCUACUGCGUCACUGCUGUCAACUCGGCCGGGAAAGCAUCGUGCAACGCCACGCUCUACAUAAAAUCAGAGCCAACCCAGGAGCAGGUUAGAAAGCCCAGCAGCUUGCCCCUGGUGAAGGUGAGCAGUCCAGUCCAAACAGACGAGGAGUACCUGAGUCCCCUUGACAAGGUCAUGGAGAUUGGAGACCCCUCUUCGCAAAGUUCAGGGCCACAGUCCAGACAUGCCUUCUUCAAAGAACCUCCCUCGUUUCAGGUAGCACUUACUGACAAAGAAGUGACAGAGGGACAGGAGGUCGACAUGUCUGUUAAGGUCAGAGGUCAUCCUCAACCCAUGGUGUACUGGUUGAGAGACAAAGUAACGUUAAAAACGGCAGGCAGAUUCAUUGUACGUGAGACAGAGGUUGACACCAGUGAGAUGAUAAUCACGUCAGCAAAAAUAACUGAUGCAGGAAUCUACACCUGCAAGAUCAUCAACCAAUAUGGCACCAAGCAAAGCGAAUGUAAACUAGAGGUCAAAGCUGCCCCAGCAGAGGAAGUCCUGGCCAUCACCAGGGAGUUGCAAGAUGUAGCGGUGAGGGCCGGAGAGUCCGCCAUGUUUGAGUGUUACAUGACCGGACCUCUUGACGUGGACGUAGACUGGCUGUCCAAUGGGAAGUUGGUCCAGCCGGCACUGCUCAACUGCAAGAUGACCUUUACCGGGAAGAGGUGCCGGUUGCUGUUAAACUCAGUUCAUGAAGACGACAGUGGGAUGUACACCUGUAAGCUAAGUACAGCCAAAGUGGAGUUGACAUCCAGUGCCCACCUAAAGGUCACUCCCUCCAAGGAGCCCCUGUUCACCCGUAAGCUUGACAUCCUUGAGGUCAUUGAAGGUCGCACCGCCCGCUUUGACUGUAAGGUCAGCGGGUCACCCCCUCCCAGCGUCAUCUGGAAGCACUUCGAAAACCAGGUCGAGGAGAGUGAAAACAUACAUCUACUACAAGAAGGAGGUCGCCACUCACUGGUUAUCACCCACGUCCGAAGUGACACGGAGGGCUUCUACACAGCCAUCGCCAAGAAUGUCCACGGAAAGGCGGAGUGCACCGCCGAGCUGUACAUGCAGGAACCGCGGCCUUCCGUCUCUUCCAACAUGUCGAAGCUGGAGAAGAUGCCUUCUAUCGCCGAGGAGCCGGAGGUCCUGGAGUGCGAGGUGGAGCAGGAGCAGAGGACCAUGCCUGACUUCGUCAAGCCCCUGGCCGACCUGGAGGUGAUCGAGGGGAGGGAGGCGGUCUUGAAAUGUAAAGUGGCGGGCCUGCCCUACCCCACCAUCGCCUGGUACCACAACGGCAAGAAGAUAGACAGCACGGAGGACAGGAAGAUGACCCAGCACAGGGAUGUCCACAGUCUGGUCAUCCGCUCUGCUUGUCAUGGACAUGGGGGUGUCUACAAGAGUGUAAUCUCCAACAAACUGGGAAAGUCGGCCUGCUAUGCACACCUCUAUAUCACAGAUAUUGUUCCUAAUCCCCCUGACGGCCCUCCAGUGGUAGACUCCAUAACAGGAAAGACAAUUACUCUCAGCUGGAAAAAACCAAAGAGGCUGGACUCUUCCAUAGAUGGCAGUUCUUUGAUGUAUGCCGUGCAGCAGCAAUCUCUGGGUUCCAUCCAGUGGAACAUCAUUGCCUCCAACCUGAGAGAGACCACCUACACUGUCACUGGUCUCUCCAAGGGGGUCCGCUAUGCCUUCAGGGUCCUAACUGCCACUGCCAAGGUCCUUAGCAAACCCUCCCCAUCCACUGACCUGGUGCAGCUUAUAGAUAAAGGUCCCUAUCUGAGGAAAGCUCCCGUCAUCCUGGACAAGCCUGACGUUGUGUACAUGGUUGAGAACCAGUCAGUGAACAUCACCCUCAAGCUGAACCAUGUCAAUGCUCUGGUCACCUGGAAGAGGAGGGGUGUGGUGCUGAUAAACAAACCAGGGGUUUAUGAGAUGAGCAUGCCGGAUGACGACCAGCACAACCUUAAGAUCCAGAGGGUGAAAACCGCAGACAGUGGUCACCUGGUCUGCACAGCCAAAAACCAGUUUGGCAGCGACCUCUGCACCAUCCUGCUGGCCAUGGCAGUGCCUCCUAAGUUUGAGUCCAUCAUGGAGGACUCUGAAAUACAUGUAGGAGAGAUGUCUCGCUUUGCUGUGGUUGUGGAAGGGAAACCCGAUCCUGACAUUCUCUGGUACAAGGAUGACACACUGCUAUCAGAGAGCAGUCACUUCACCUUUGUGUACGACGAAGCGGAGUGUUCCCUGGUGGUGCUGAAUGCCCGGCUUGAGGACUCGGGCGUGUACACGUGCACGGCUAAGAACCUGGGUGGCCAAGUCUCCUGUAAGGCUGAACUCACUGUCCACAAAGUGAGAAAAGAAGUGGUGGAGCCUGUGGAGGACGAGGGGACCAUUUUGAGGAGGAUGCGGAGUCUGACUGACUACUACGACAUACACAAGGAGAUAGGACGGGGGGCUUUCUCCUAUGUUAAGAGGGUGACAGAGAAGAAAGGAAAGGUGGAGUACGCUGCCAAGUUUGUGUCUGCAAGGGCGAAGAGGAAGACCUCGGCCUUACAGGAGAUGAACCUUCUGUCAGAACUGGACCAUGAGAAGAUCAUCUACUUCCAUGAUGCUUUUGAGAAGAAGAACAUGGUCAUCAUCAUCACUGAGCUAUGCCAUGAGGAGUUUCUUGACAGACUGACCAAGAAGACAAGCAUCCUGGAGUCUGAGGUCCGUUCCAGUAUUCAGCAGGUGCUUGAAGGGGUCAGCUACCUUCAUCAGAAGGACAUUGCUCAUCUUGACAUCAAGCCUGAGAAUAUCCUCAUGGCAGGUCGACACAGCAGCCAGAUCCGCAUCUGUGACUUUGGCAAUGCUGUCAAGCUGGAUACCAAUGAAGCGCAGUACUGCAAAUAUGGCACUCCGGAAUUUGUUGCCCCAGAGAUCGUUAACCAAACGCCCAUCUCUAAGGCAACAGACAUCUGGCCCAUUGGGGUCAUCACUUACCUAUGCCUGACUGGUGUGUCUCCUUUCGCUGGUGAGAACGACAGAUGUACCGUCCUAAACAUCAGGAACCAAAAUGUGGCUUUUGAGGAGAAUAUGUUCACUGACCUUUCUAGAGAGGCCUGGGGAUUCGUCAUCAAACUGCUGGUGGCUGACAGACUGAGGCCUAAUUCUACAGAAUGUCUUCGUCACCCAUGGUUUAAGACUAUAACAAAUAAGAGCGUCAGCACAGCAAUGCUCAAGCAAGUCUUAUCACGAAGACGUUGGCAGCGUUCCCUUAUCAGCUACAAAUCAAAGAUGGUAAUGCGCUCAAUUCCUGAGCUGCUAAAUGAUUCCUCCAACCACAUUUCCAUCGCCGUAGCCCGCCACCUCAAAGAGGGCUCACCCCCACCCUCCUCAUCCUCUGACUCAGAUGAAGAUGUGGAUGAACUCCCCUUCAUCCCCAUGCCUCUGUCAUUGGUAUGCUCUGGCUCCAGGGUCUCCCUUAACGAGAUACCAGGUGAAGAGGAUGUGAUUAAGCCGUCUUCCUGCACCAACGGGGCGGUGGAAGGGGUUGCGCUCAACCGGCACAGGGAGCAACCAGUAGAGGACAUGGUGUCCAAGAAGGAUGCCGGGGAAAUAGGUGUGGCUAGAGAGACAAGGAAAAGGGUAACAACUGAGGAAGUGGGAGGGCCUUUGGAUGAAGAGAUGACCGCGGUGAAGACCAAACGGGUCCCCCUGGCAAAGGGCUCCAGUAUGGAGGAGGAUGACACACAGACAAAGUCCAGGAGAUCAACGAUGAGGAGGGGCAGUUCCGCUGACUCAGCCCUGCUCCUCAACGUCCAGUCAGAGGAGGGGGCUGUGGAUGAGGAAAAGGAAGACAGUGGCAACAAAAUCCUAAAAAAGUCUGUUUCCAUGGAGCUGCCUAAUAGGAGCCCUAGCCCUGGGUCAGCUAAAAUGAGCCAGGAGGACUAUGCCCUCAAACUGGAGCUGAUGAGACAAAGGUUGAUGAGGGGAGGCAACAGCAAAAGCGGCUUGAGGGGUCCCCUGUUAGAGACCCUUGGAAUGGAUGAGGAGAGGCACACCUCGUCCCUGGAUCGUAAUUUAAGGAGAUCCGGGGCCGGGGGGCCCGAGAGGUCGCUUGCCAGAGCAGCCUCUACGGAAAGCACAGUGGACGACCCACCGAAGACCAAAGUGUUCCGGAAGAGUUCCUCGUUCAGUCAAGGAGACUCAGAGCCCAUGCCUCUGCACCGGCGGUUUGGAGCCCCUUUAGAAAUCCCCACAGCAAGCCAUAACACUGAGAAGGGGGAGAGGGUUGAGAGGAGCCAUAACACUGAGAAGGGGGAGAGUGUUGAGAGGAGCCAUAACACUGAGAAGGGGGAGAGGGUUGAGAGGAGCCAUAACACUGAGAAGGGGGAGAGGGUUGAGAGGAGCCAUAACACUGAGAAGGGGGAGACGGUUGAGAGGAGCCAUAACACUGAGAAGGGGGAGACGGUUGAGAGGAGCCAUAACACUGAGAAGAGCCAAAGCACUGAGAGGAUUACGGAAGGGAAAGAACUUCAGGAGGCUGCUUCCAUAUCAGCAAUAACAGAGCAGACCAAGCUGGAGACUAGACCGAUCUCCAACUGGCCCUCCUCCAUACAGCCCGUACCAGUCACAGAAGACCAAGGAGUGGGGGAAACAAAAGAACCAGAGGAGCAGAAGGAUAGUAAGACAUCUGUCAGAGAUGAAGAUAUGGAGAGAAGGACCAAAGCACAGGAGAGAGUAAAUGGACAUGAGUCAAUGAAGGAGCCAUCCCAGGUCAGGUCUCUUUUGGAUGUACCUCCUGUAAUAAUGAUAGAGGAGGAUCCUGAAGAGAAAGAACAAAACGAAAAGCCGGAGCUAGAGAUAGAAAAAGGAAAGGUCAAAGCAGGUGGCAGUUCCCCAGUGAUAAUGUCGAAGGAAAAAACAUCUGCGUAUGCCAGCAUCAUGCAGACAAUUGUAGUACCAUCUGGAAAAUCUGACAGCAGCCAGAGGUCUACACCUAGUCCUACGUUGCCUGAACAUCCUGCCGUCUUUGCCAAGGUGGCCACUGAACGGCCAACCAGCCCAACUAUCUCGACUAGGUUGUCCACGGCCUUGGACCAUCCCACCACCCCACGUCAAUCGACCACACCACUCCGAACAGAUAUCAAGGACAUAGACUCAGAAGAAGUUUUUGAAGCCAGGUUCAAGAAGCGUGAGUCAUCGCUGACUCGUGGGCUUCGAAGACUGACCAGGACCAAAUCAGACGAUAAGUCUCCGACUCUUCCCCUUAAGGCAGGCGAGGGGGAGGAGGUAUACCGUCCCGGGCGUCUGGGGGCACCGCUGGAAAUGGUUCCCCAGGGAUUGCAUGAGAGGUCCAAGUCGGUCCAGGACCUGAGGGAGGUGGAUAGAGACACAGGAUCCCUGGGCAUCAUUGGACGGUUUUCGAUGCGAACCAAGAGGACCUUAUCCAUGGAUAAAAAGAUGGAAAAGCCCAAAGUGGAUAAAGUAAAGGAUGAGAAGCCAAAGGAGGCUGAGCCUGAGAUCACAGCCAGUAAGCGCAGGGUGUCCUGGGCCAUAGGGCGUAGUAAGAGUCUGGACACAACACAGCUGGAUAAUAUAGAGGCCCAGAGAGAGCAGGAGGGAAGGGAAAGGAAAAAGAUGGAGGAGUCAUCUGUCUUUGCCAUGCGGCGAAAAUUUGAGAACAAAGUAGCGGGCAUCUCAGCCAGUUUGAGGAGCAAAUCAGAGGAAAGGAAGGAGGAUAAAGAGGCCAAGCGACGCAUGGAAGAAGAGAAAAGUAAUAAAUGUUCAAAAGAAAAUGAUCUUAAAAAGGUAAAUGAUUCCCCGGUCCUAGCGAUGAGAAAGAAAUUUGAGAACAAGGUGGUCGGAAUUUCUGGGAGAGGCCGGAGUCAGUCAGAGGAUAGGAAAGAGACAGUGGAGAAUCCUGAGGGAAAGAAAACUACACUGUUUUCCCGUCAUCGCCAUUCCCAGUCUGAGGGAAGAGGACUCAAAGAGAUGGGGAUACCAGAGAAUCAGCUAGCAAAACAGACACACAAGGAAUCCAAAGCGUCCAAGGAAUCCAUCGGUUCUGUGUCAAGCAUUCAUUCUGACAAGUCAAAAAGUCAGAAGUCACUGACUCCAGAGACUGACAGGCGGUCGCGGUGGGACAGGUGGGGUCUGGGCAGGAGCAGGAAGGACAAGAAUCCAUCUCAAACUGACCUCCCCUCUGACAAAGAUGAGGGGUCUUCAGGCAAUCUGAAGCACUGCCGCACUUCCUCUGAUUUCCCUCCUGUGUUCCACAUUAAGCUGAAGGACCAUGUGUUGUUGGAGGGGGACCCUGUUACUCUUAGCUGCCUCCCAGCUGGAAGCCCCCACCCACAAAUCACCUGGACUAAAGAUAAGAAACCGCUGGAGAUAGAUGACAGAAUGAACCUGAUCUCCUGUCCAGAUGGCAGGCAGCUCAUUACUAUCAUGAAGACCAGUAGGAGGGACGCUGGGCUCUAUGAGUGUGUGGCCACCAACCCCUUAGCGUCCGUCAGCAGUUCCUGCACCCUUUCUUUGGCCUGUGUCCCAAAAAGGCCUGGCACACCUGAGGUUCCCCAAACGUACAACAAUACAGCCCUGGUGCUAUGGAAACCAGCUGACACCAAGGCCCCCUGUAGCUACUCACUGGAAAGGAAGACAGAAGGUGGGCUGACAUUCAUCUACACUGGUGAUGCCAAUUGGUCGAUCAUAGCGACAGGAGUGGCUGACUGCUACUACAAUGUGAGAGACCUGCCACCAGGGGGCACUUUUAGGUUCCGGGUGGCCUGCGUCAACAAGGCCGGACAGGGACCAUACAGCAACAUUUCAGACAGAGUCAGUCUGGACUCAACAGUGGGCGUGUCCUCUCCUGCAGUGGCAAUUGUGAAGACUGUCCCUGCCCCUCCUCGCCACCCUGCCCAAUUGGGAACCACCUUAGGGGCUGCUUUCCCAUUGGCCCAGCCAGUAGUAACACAUCCUCCCAGGGAAGCUGUGUCCACCAGCUCUCCCUCUUCACACACUUCCACACAGACCUCUCUUACCUCUCCAGUCCCCAGCGCAGCCCCGCCCAGCCAUGCCCCAACACCUCUUCCAGCUGAACCCCUGGUGGUCCCUUCCCCGCCUGUAGUCAAGCCCCCUCCCUUCGUCCUACCGAAGCCCCAGAGUCCUGUCAACGUGGUCCCUCCCAUGACUCAAACCCCACCCCCUCUUGCCACUCCCCCUGCCACCCCCACCAAGCCAUCUGUCGUCACCACCGUGCCCACCUACAGCCCUGCCGCCACCACCUACAUAGCCCCACCCCCACUCCCGGCCCCCUCCUUCUCCCCCCAAGUGCUCCAGGUCACCGGUCUGAGCCCCAUGGGGGAGGGGAGGGGCACUCCAGUCCGAGGGACCUCCACAGGCCGCGUCACACCCAAGCCGGGUGAGACCGCUCUGCGACAGGGAGUGCCACAGAAGCCCUACACCUUCCUGGAUGAGAAGGCCAGAGGGCGGUUCGGGGUUGUCCGGGAGUGUCGAGAAAACGCCACAGGACACGUCUUCAUGGCUAAGAUCGUUCCUUAUGACCAGGAGACUAAGAAGUCCAUCCUGCAGGAGUAUGAGAUCCUUAAGUCCCUUCACAACGACAAGAUUAUGGCACUUCACGAGGCCUACGUCACGCCCCGCUACUUAGUCCUAGUGGCUGAGUACUGCACCGGCAAGGAGCUGCUUUACAGCCUCAUAGACAGGUUUCGUUACUCUGAAGAUGACGUGGUGGGCUACCUGGUCCAGAUUCUUCAAGGGUUGGAAUACCUCCACAACAAACGGAUUCUCCAUCUGGACAUCAAGCCUGACAACAUAAUGGUCACCAACCUCAAUGUCAUUAAAAUAGUAGACUUCGGCAGCGCUCAGAACUUCAACCCCCUCCUGCUGAAACAGUACAGCAGUGGCCUGAGCACCCUAGAGUACAUGUCACCGGAGAUGAUAAAAGGAGAUGUGAUUGGGCCACCAGCUGACAUAUGGAGUCUGGGGGUUGUAGCCUAUGUCAUGCUAAGUGGUAGGUUGCCCUUUCACGACAAAGACCGGCAGCAGACUGAGACCAAAAUCCAGAUGGCCAAGUUUGACCCGACCAAGCUGUACCCAAACGUGUCCCAAAGUGCCUCAAUGUUCCUCAAGAAGAUGCUGAGUAGCUACGCCUGGGCCCGUCCGAGCACCAAGGACUGUUUCACUCACGCCUGGCUACAGGACUCCUACCUGAUGAAGCUGAGAAGACAGACACUCACCUUCACCACCACCAAGCUCAAAGAGUUCCUAGGGGAGCACCAUCGACAUCGCGCCGAAGUCUCCACCAAACACAAAGUCCUCCUACGCUCUUAUUCCAGCACAGCUUCUCCAACCGCGCCCUCCCAACCACAUCCACCAAAGUGAAGGCAGGGAUAGAGACUUAGAAUUGAUGUCAGAGUUAAAUAGCCACCAGAGGAUGGAGUUGAAAUGGAUGUGGGGCACCUAGUGGUGAGUUCCAUGAUAGAGGAAGGACUCUGAGUCCUCACCCCCAUCAGAGUGAGACUGUGCCGGGGUGAGAAACGGGUGUGAAGACUAAAGCCAUGAGCUUUCCACCAGCUCACAGGCUUCAUGGAGUCCCACUCUACUGAGAUCUUUACAUUUUAUUGUGAUAAGCAUCAGAGACCGAACUCAUCUAAAGGGAUUGUGAAUUACUCGGACAGUUCAUCAGCAGAAAUUUUAAUCCAGUUGUUGGAUUUUGGACAACAUAGUUUCAAAAUGAGUUAUCUUCUGUUUUUGAACCUGGCACGAUUUGGGUUUUUUGGUCUACUGUCUUUUAGUACUUCUUCGAGCUUGCUAUCACAAUGUUUGCUUACCUUUGGUAGAAUUUUUAAUAGAAAACAGGAUAUUUGGUAUGGAAAUUUCAGUCGACACAAUUAACCUGGAACACAAACCUUUGUCAGUUUGAUUUAAGAGCACAGCCUUAUUUUUAUGUCUUUAUCUUUGUUGGUGAUUAUGUGAAUGUACCAUCAUUUAUGCUGCUAAUUUAUGUUGCAUUUAUUUACACAUUUUAAAAUGCAAAACCAAAAAGAGAAAUAUUUUUCUUCAUGAAAUUGUUAAUGACCUGUUUACCUUUUUCAUGUUAAUUUAUUUGCAUGUGUGCUUAUUUUUUCUUUAGGGGGAUUUUACAAAUACAAUCAAAACAGUGCGAAAAUAUUUGAGUACAAUUGUGAUUAGCCUUUACUGUUCAUAGAUACAGAUAAAGCUGUAAAUGUACUAGAGAUACUUAGCAGUCAGUGGCGCAAAAAAGAUGUCAUGUGGUUGAUACUCAAGAUAAACAAUAGUGCAACUUGUAGAAAACAAAAUGGGCAGACUUUUAUUAUGUAGAUUCUGUAGUAAUCUAUUGGACUUGUCACACCUCAUCAACAUCAUAAAAUGCACCUAUGGUUGGACUAGUCUACUGCAGUGUUGUUUGUUGAUUGGUCAGGUUGUGGUCAGCUUGAACACCAGUCAGUUAGUGCCUCAAAGCUGUUUAAUGUGGUUCAAUUUCCAAUCUCUAUAUCGUGUAAAUGUGUUGUCAUGGCGUAUUCACAGAUGAUGUGCAAUGUGUGUUUAGUUAAUUUAUAGAAUUUUCAUAUCAUAUGAUUUGGCACUUUUGACCACCAGUAAGCCUACUGUACAAAAUUGACACAGGUGCCAUAGACAAUAUAUUGAAAGUAAUUUAAUAUUCAAAAACUCUUGUCUAGGUAAUUACUCUUCAUCAUGCAUACAGUGUUUCUUUUUUGUAUACAUUUGGAUGGUUGAAGAUUUGUAAAUGUUUUAAUUUGCUGUGUUUAUAAUGUGGAAACGGUUUUAAAUGUUUUUAUGAAAUAGUCUGUAAUAAACCAUUGAUACAAUUG